AUGGACGCAUACCUUAAGAUCGAUCAAGCACUCGCCAAAGACUUUGAAUUCUUCGAACUCACCAAAGUCCCCAGAGGAGAGAACGUGUGUGCUGAUGCCCUCGCUGCCCUAGGUAGCAGACUGCGCAAUCAGGUGAAACAUACCAUUCCUAUCCACAAGAUUGACAAACCAAGCAUCGAUCUAACUCCUAAUGAGACCGCCGUUGUAGCACCAAUAACCGAAGCCACGCCCGUGGAGCAAGUCCUCGAAGAGGUGUCAGAUGACGCCACUGACUGGAAGACAGAAUUUAUCGACUACUUGGUCGAUCGAAAGCUACCUCCUGAGAAAUGGAUUGCAAGAUGGCUCAAGACGCGGAGUGCCCAUUAUGUCAUCCUCGAUGGAGAACUCCAUCGAUGGACCGCAACCAAGGUGCUUCUGAAGUGCAUCAACGGCUAG